AUGACCCGCUGUUCAACUUUUGUUGAACUGGAAUCAGAUACAAAACCCAAAACUUCCCCAGAAUUCGUUGUUGACCUAAAUGACAAUGUGAGAGACUUAAGGCUCUUCAAAAAUCAGUGGUUACUGCUUGAGAAGCUCAGAAAAGCAGAAGUAUUGUCCCCUUUUGAGAGAUCCCACAGGCACUUGCCUAACACAGAAGACAAUAUGGAUGUAAAAAAUGUAUUUAAAACCCAGGACAAUAUUUCCUGCCUAAGGGAUUUGUCAGAGAAUGGUGAUGACUUAAUUCAUUUUAACAGUAUGGUCAGCGUCACUGCUGGAAAAGCAGAGAAAUACUGCAGCAGACAGGUGCAUUCCCGCCCUUCAAAUGUAAUCACUUAUCACACAGACAACUGUUGCCUUAACACGGAAGACUCUGUAUCUGUUCAGUCUCUGGCAGAUGUCCAGGCAUGUAAAAGGACUGGGCUCGAUAGACCUCUAAACAUGAAUAUCCUAUUCAGUGAGCAGGCAGAUACUCCCAUAGUAAAUCACAACAAUUUUGUAAAAGAUGAUUCUGAACAUCCUGCCACUAUUACGGAGAUUUAUGCAGAGAAAAUUCCAAGUGUAAGUGAUGACUUUUCUGAUGAUGACCUAGAGUAUUUUGAAUGUUCAGAUGUGCUGACAGUGCGUGAAAAUGAAAUCUGGAAAAAGAAAUUACAAUUUUUAUUAGAAAGCGAUGAUGAAGAUGAUUUAAAACUGAGUAAGGAUUGUGAUGGGUGUGCUUACUUCCUCAGUGAAAUGCCUUGUCUGUUCCAAGUGUCAGAUAACACUACGCCUAUGGAUACCACCAUUGGCUUCUGUGGUCAUCACUCAAAAUUCAAAGGAGUAAAUGUAAGGAGAGACCCCUCUAUGUACAGCCAGUCAACUCUGCAGACAGAGAUGACUCUCACUGUUGGACACCACCGAGAUAAAAAUACCAGUUUGAAAGACAAAGAAAAGUAUAAAGUGCCUGUUGCAUCUCCAGCCAUUGAAAAUGACCAUCCCAGAACUGAAGAAAAUCAAGGAAGUGGCCACUCAGCUGCAGGUUUCUCAACUGACAAAUCAAAGAACAAGGAUAAUGUACGUGCCAAGGCGGACCCCUCUACUAGUGGCAUAGGUGCUUCUUUGACAAAUAAGGCUUCAGAGACGAUGACAGAAAACAAUACGGACAAGGACUUGCUGGGUGAAAGCUCAUUGCUGCUAGAGGAGGGGGGAAGAAAUUUGCCGGAGGAAAAUGCAAGGAAUGCUGUCUGUACCUUAACAGAAAGUCUAAGAAGAAACCUUUUAAAGUUGUUAAACCCUAAAGAGCUUUGCAGAUAUGUAAGUAAUAUAGGACAAUCUUUUCAGAGUGCAGCAGAGGUUAGGGAAUCCAGUGCUCUGUUGCCCAGUCAGGAAGGUGUCAUUUCAACACAAAUCCCUGAGGAGACAGAAAACUUGCAAAUGCAGGCUGGUUUGUGUCAUACAGAGGAGGCAGAUAAAGACUGUCAUUGGGAAAGGAGAAGGACUUGGGGCCUGUUUGAGCAAAAUCAGAUGCCAAAUGAAAACAUCUCACCCAGGAAUCAAGAUGGUGAUCUUAAAAUCUUUACCCGGAAUUGUGGGAGACUAUGUAUGGAGCCCGAAAUAGAAAAGGAAGGCAUCUUUAUGACUUGUGAGAGUGCGGGAACCAUCAAUCCAGCUUCAGAAAUGCUAUGUACUGAAAAGACAGUACAAGCAAAAAAUGCAAAUUUACAGACCUAUUCUCAACACCAUGGUCCUUGUGAUAAGAGAGAACAUUGUCACCAACAAGUCUUCUAUGAACAAGGAAUUAGUAUUAUUAGUAAUGGCAACAAAUCAAAGAGUGACGUUUCACCUUUUGCUUUAUGGGGUAUGGACUCUGUUCCUGAUAAAAAAGAAUGUUUAUGUGCUGUUCUGUCUUCUGCAAAGCUAUGUGAUGAGCCAAGGGAGGGAGAGCAAAGCUAUAGUUUUCACUCACACGAUAGCAAUGGCACAGAUAUUCUUUGCAGUCUAUCAUGUGAUGAAUCUCUGUUUGAAGCUAAUCCCAAGUCAGUCCUGGAAUCUGGAGAACCUGGGUGCAAAGGAGAUGCUGAUAUAUCUGCAGUGCAUGACAAGCUAUGGAAAAUUCUUCAUGAAGAUGACUCAGAUGAUCAAAUCCCAUUUGAAAACCAGGGGAUCACAAGUUUAGAAAUUAGGCCGACAGGUAUCAAAGUCACAGAACUGAACUUUGUACAGGAGACCUGUUCUGAUCAUCCUUUGCCAAUAAAUUUGAUAGAAGAGCAGGAGCCUAUUACACAGCCAGCUAGUACACAAAGAACGGAGAAAGAAGACUGCAAUGUUUCUAACAUCCUACUUAAAACAGAUGAAGCAUGUAACAGUGCAUCCAUAGGAAAAAUUUGUCUUGCACAAGUGGUAGAAACAGAUGGUAUAUGUCUAGAUUCUAGCACUGGGAAUAAAACGGAAACACCAUCCAUUUGUGUUUCAGCAAAUAGUGUCAUCUUAAAUACAGGGGAGUGCUUGGAGCAGAAGCCAAAUCAAACGUUAACUGACAGUAAUGGAUCCAUUCAAAUGACUGUUGCUUGGGAAGGAAAGCUUACCAUUAAUAAUGCUUCCCAAACAUGCGACGCAGAUUACCCUCAAAGACUGAAAAAUGCUGAGAGUAGUAGUUUAGCAUAUGACAAAGAAAACCCAGCUUACAUGUCAGAUAAGUCGCAUGGGAUAAUUGGACAAUUACUUCAUGCUGAGCACAACAUAUCCUUGAUAAAUGAGUCCGUAACUGGUAAAGGGUGUCAUUUUAGAGACUGUUAUCCAGCAAGAAAAGAAUUGGCUUAUUUCCCUGAAGAGAAAGACAUUUUCCCUGGUGAAAAUACCAGUCAGUUUACACAUGAAGAACACCCUGCUGUUAACACCAUGCACAAAAGUUACGAAGAGAAUUUACAAGAAAAAGGAAAUCUCUCAGACUUGAAUGCACAAAAUGACACUAAUUCUGACAGUUAUCUUUCAAAAAAUAAUGACUGUCAAGAUUUUCAAGUUUUUUCUGAUGCACAGAAAUACGGUUACCUAAUGCAAUUGCCUAAUUUAAUUAAGGCACCUGAAACCAUAACACGUAAGAAUCUGCCCCAAAAUAUAGACCAACUGAUAGAAAUAGAAAAACAAGAAGUGGCAUUCACUCUCUCUUCUGAGGAUGCAUUUUUAAGAGAUUUUUAUGUAGAAGUGCCCAGGUGUGAACAAUGUAAACCAGGAGAAGAACAGAGAGACAUUUGUAUAGGUGAUGAACAAAGUGCUGAAACUUCCUGUGACUCAGGAGUUAGUUAUGUUUCAGAGAGUCAGACUGCAGUUUCCCCUCAUAAUACAUCAGAACAACAUGUAUUUUUUGUUGACAGCACCUUCAAGUCUGAUGAAGAGUUAAAAACAGAUCCUUCAAAAAAUCACACAUACGCAUCUGGAAGUGUAACAUCAGUUAGUACCCCAGUGCCUAGAAAGGCUGAAAAUAAGUACCACAGCAUAGCAUACAAGGAUUAUAGAGGUAUCGGUAAUCAGUUAGAUAUCCAACAACUGACUGUGAAAGAAACAUCGCCAUUCCUCACACCUGUAAGCCAGUCAGAGGGCCUUCUCACGAGUAUAUCGGCAAUGGGGUGUCCUGGCACAGGAAGUCAAGUAAAAACUGAAUCCACACGAACUGCAGCCAAAGUAGAUGAAAAUCGGAGUACACUGGAAGCUUUCUGCAAGGCAUUGCAUGAUCAGUUCCAUAGGGUACCUGAAGAAAACAAGGAGGAAGCAGUCUUGUGUGAAAAUAAGCAAGAGAUUCAAAGAGCUAUUGAACAUAACCCAGAUGAAGCUGAAAUGAAGUCUCCUUUGCACACUUUAAUUGGCUCCAAAGCUCAGAGACAGAUUAUGAAUAUCAGCACUAAGCAGUCCUGUCCUGACUUGAUCUCUUCCAGCAGCAAGCUAACUGAGGUUGAUAAUUCUGUUAAGUCUACUGAGUAUGAUAAAGGUGAAGAAGUCAUGACAUCAGAGAGUGUAGUAAGUGUUUUAGUUAAUUUGCCACCGGUUGAUUCAGGGAACAACCAGUAUUUUCAAGAUCAACCACCCUACAGCAGAACUCAGCCAUUCUCCUUAGCAUUGACCACAUAUGAUCCAUUCCCCGUCAAUGCAGAAAGGCUAAGAAAUCAAGAAGGGUCAAAAUCCUACCAGACAUCACCAACUGUUGCUGAGCCUGAUCCCACCAAAUGUAAACAAGACACAGCAAAGGGUGGGCAUUUAGCUACUGGAGCUAAGAAGAAAUUACCACCAGCAACACUGUCAAAAAAACCCCGACUGGAAGAGAGGGGAAAUGUCAGCAAGGAUCCUAGCUGUGUUAAGAAGUCUGUGAAAAGUGAGGCAGGCAUGAUUAAUAAAGAAGAUAGAAAAGAGCAAAGGAAAGUAAUUUUGAAAAAGGAUAGCAAAGCUCCCAAGCUGCUGAAGAAAAUCCAAGCAGAGUUGUUCCCUGACUGCUCUGGAAAUAUUAAGCUAUGCUGCCAGUUUGGUGACAUUCAUGGUGACUCCACGAUUACAUGGACUAAAGAUUCCAAGUUACUAGCGCGACUGCAGAGAAGUGCCCAGGAUGACUCUCCCGUCUCUUUGGCUAUAGCUAAAGCCAGUAACAAAGACCAGGGAAUGUAUUAUUGCUGCUUGAAUAAUAUAUAUGGAAAGGUGACUGCUGAGUUUAAUCUGACUUCUGAAGUAUUGGAACAUCUCUCAAGUUUUCAGAAUUGUGAAGGUGUGGAAGAAAUUGAAUUCAUGCAGCUCAUGUUCAGAGAAGAUUUCAUCAGUGACAGCUAUUUUGGUGGGAACCUGCAUGGAAUAAUAGCUACAGAAGAGCUUCACUUUGGUGAAGGCAUGCACCGGAAGGCCUUCCGAAGUAAAGUGAUGCAGGGCCUCGUGCCAGUGUUCAGUCCUGGCCACCCCUGUGUUCUCAAAGUACACAAUGCUAUCACAUAUGGGACCAAGAGUAAGGAUGAUCUAGUUCAAAAGAACUACAAACUAGCACUGCAGGAAUGCUAUGUCCAAAAUACUGCAAGAGAGUAUGCAAAGAUAUAUGCAGCUGAAGCAGAACCGUUGGAAGGCUUUGGGGAAGUACCAGAGAUCAUUCCUAUUUUUCUUGUUCAUCGCCCUGCUAAUAACAUCCCCUAUGCGACAGUGGAGGAGGAACUGGUUGGGGAAUUUGUGAAAUACUCUGUCAGGGAUGGCAAGGAAGUAAAUUUCCUGAGAAGAGACUCAGAGGCUGGCCAGAAGUGUUGUACCUUCCAGCACUGGGUGUAUGAGAAGACCAAUGGGAGUUUGCUUGUCACUGACCUGCAAGGUGUAGGAAUGAAGUUAACUGACGUUGGCAUAGCAACAUUGGCCAAAGGAUACAAAGGUUUUAAAGGCAACUGCUCGAUUUCCUUCAUUGAGCAGUUCAGAGCACUCCACCAAUGCAAUAAGUACUGUGAAAUGCUGGGGCUGAAAUCUCUCCGAACCACUCAUCAAAAACAGAGGAAAGCAACAUCCAUGAAAAGCAAAACUCUACCAAACUCAUCGACUAUAAAGAAAACAGUGGCCAAGAAAGCAAGAGAACCUAGAGACUUCAUUUCUUCAGAGCACUGAGUUUCAUUGUCCCAUCUUGUGAAAACUCCUCUUGAGGAUAUGUAGUAGUGAUAGGCACCAAUGACGUGGUGGGGGCAUAACUUUAGUCUUUUGCCUUAUGACAUUAUUUUGAAGUCAUCCUGAUGCUGAUACCAGCAGCAAAGAAAGGAGCUGAUUCUAUGGUCUCGGUACCUGAGACUUAACACUGGGGCAAGGUUUUGAAGACAAGCUAAGCCAUCUGCCUGGAUUAUCUUAUAACCCUUCUAUGUAUUGGUAUCUGCACAUUUUGAGUCUUGGACAUUGAGUGCACCACUGGUCACUGGAGAACAUCUUCCCUUCUAUGUGUCUGUGCCUGUGACCCUGUGGGUUCAGCUGCUCCCUAAACAUCAAUAUAUUUAAGGUGCCACUUAGUAAAAGUUUUGCACAGUAUUGUUCCUCAGGCUGCUAUAGCAAAAUUGUUUUCUUUCUCAGAUUUUUGCAUAUUAUAAUCCUACUAUAAUCCUAUUCUUGUAGUUUUUUUCUCCCACUUACAUGUCUUUUAAUACAAGAUAAAGCCAUUUGUGAUUGGGCAUAUCUGUCUUCUGUCCCCCUCCCCCCCAAAUUAGCUAGCAUCUUUAAGGUGCUCACAAGUGAUGUCAUCAGCUUAAAGAUGAGGAACUUGUGUGAUUCUCCGUAGAAUUCCUUGCUUUCCAUGCAAGCUUCCUUGAAUUUACAGUGAACCCCAUGGCACAGUACUGUUGUGCUUGCACCAAUCCUAUUGUAGGAUAGAGGUUUGGAGUCUGCAUGUUGCCAAACAGCUACUGUCUGAAAUAAACCGUUACAUAUGGAGGGUAUUUCAGUACCUUGCAGCAUUUUCAACUAGAAUAAGUACAAUGACUUUUCUGUGUAGCAUAGAGUUGUUUUUCGAAGGAACAUGACAGGUGCCCUGGGCCAGUACCUGUCUACUAAAGAGUCAUGAUUUAUGUAGAAUGCCUAGGCAGGGCCAGAACUCAAAAAAGAUACUGUGCUCCAUUAAACUUAAGUGUAGUUAUGUGGAGAUUUGCAGCCAGGGGAGGGAACUAUGCACGUUCAGAGGACUGCAACAAGUUUACUGGAGGUGGCAAUUGAAAACCCAACCUGCAGUGCCUAACACAGAAUACAAACACUGAACGUUGUCAGACUUCUUAUCCCUGUGUGAUUACUAAAUAACGGGUGGUGCCAGAAACCAAUACCUGUGUGUAAGAGGCCCAUCAGUGCUGAGGAAGAUAAAAGUGAUUUCAGACUAGGUUCUGCUUUGUAUUGAUAAGCAGUGGGUGCCAAAUAAGAGAUAAACUGUUGGGGACUAGCUGACACUAGGGACAGAAACUCACCUGACUGCAAUGCGGAUGUAACAUCUAGGCUUGUCAUCCUGGGCUCCCUUUGCGGUUAAUGGAGGUCUUCUCAAUGGAAUUUAGAGCAAAGUGCAGGUCAUCUGAAAAACAAACAUUUGAAAUAGGUUAGAUUAACUGUGCCAAAAAAGUGCCUGUGUCUCUCCAUUGAGGGAAAAGGAAGCAAAGUGUCAGACAGACGUCUGCAUUUUAAAUUCCUACUGUUAGGGAUGAAGUUCUCCAGAGUUGUUCCAAAGCACUUGAGUUUGUAAUAGUUUUCUGCUAACUUAGGUGGAGGAGACCAACCACAAAAUGGUAUUGCAGAAAUUAAGAUGGUAUUGUAGUCCACCUAAAAUUAAAUGUAUGAAAGACUAUUUGAAACAUGAGUUUUUAAAUAGACAAUGCCAAAGGAAGGUGAAAACUUUGAGUGUGUCUGAAAUCUGGGCCAAAACAUUGAGAAUGGAACCUUGACAAAACAAUUACAAUGUACUGAGGAUGGGAAGCCAUUAAUUUCAAAAUAAAGGUGAAUGACAAUGCUGUGCUACUGCAGAGAAUCUGAAGUAUCACAAGAGAAUGGAAGUAGAAAAGUAUACAGAGCAGCAGUUUUGAAGGAGUUAUCAAACACAGCAGGCAGAGGGAGAUGUGGUACAGAUGAGGCAGAUUGUCUUAUUGAUAUUGGCUGUGCUGAGGGAAGGGGUUUUCCGAGGGAAGUCCCGCUGUUCUGGUGUCAGUUGUUCAAACCAGGAACCAGCCUGAGUUUACCCACAUCUCUCUCUCAGCCAAAAGGAAGUUGGUGCGUGUGAGAGAACGAGACACCGUGCAUGGCCAGACAGCGCACCUCGCAGUGGGGAUGGCAGUUAGCCACUUUCCACUGCCACCUGGUAAUCAUCAGUGCAUCAUUUAUUUGAGACUGGAAUUAUGUACUCUGUUGAUGCUUAUUGCUGCUUGCCAUUCUGGCUAGCUUUGGUGGGGAAGAGCAGAUGUUAGGAAUGGGGCAUAUCGGGCGCUCUGUCAUGUUGCAGCUGGAACCAUUGGGUCAGUCAGGGGCAAGAAUGUCAGUGCCAGGCAGUUAGCAUGAAGCUGGCCACCCAGCCUGGGGGACCGUGCUGUUAGGCCAACACUGUGUGUCAGUGAGCCUUGCUGAGUAGCCCUUUCCCCUCCUGUGGUGAUGGGAGAGGGUCUCAACAACAGCUCUGCUCCUGACGGCUUUCUGUCAAUGGAGAGUGCCAAUAUGGGAAGGAGAGUUUACCACAUGUCUUUCCAGUUCUUCUGUAGCCAUGAGUGUCAAUAGUGUGCUGGACGAUGUAACGCACCCCAGUUAUGAGGCUGCUUGCUCAUCAAAGCCAAGGGACAAUGUAAGAAGCCUGAAUGAAAACAGUGAGGCCUGGUAUAGCCAUUGAACUUGAAUUCCCCCAUAAAUAGAGAAGCCUCACUUGGGGGUUAUUGCCUGAUCCAGAUGUUGCGUGUGUGUAUGUUUGCAGGCCACCCUUACUUUACCAAAGGUACUCUUGCUUGUCUGUCAGGUAGGAGCUGAAAAGUGGUUCCCUAGCUUUCUAAAGUAGACAGUUGCUGGUCAUGAAAGAAACACCAAGUAUGAUAGUGGCACAUAGCAUCUUUGGGAAGGAAAUUUGUUCCCGUUUCCCCCCUUAAGUGUUCAGCUUCCUGAUAUUUCUGAUCUCUAAGAGACAGGGUAUUGGGAAACCAACACUCUCCCACCCCCACAACUUCAGAGAAUUAGUUUCAUUGAUAUUUCAUGCCUGUGUAAAAACAUCACCCUCCUGCAUUUACCUGGUGUGUUCAAUACUGAUGACAGCACAGAGACAAUGAGUAUUUUCCUUGUCUGGGAAGAUGACGGUCUCGAUCCUGCAAGUGACUAAGCUCAGAUGGAUUCUCGGAGCACCCAUCUGUGACCAUAGUUCCAUCCCUGCAGCUGUUCGCAGGACUGAGUCAUGACUUUCUUAUUCAUUAAUCAAAAACUUGGAGAAAAUGUUGUUUACACCUGUUGGACAAAUUAAGCGCAGCAGAAACUAUAGACCUGAAUGAAGAUGUUUAUGCUCCACAUGUCUGUGGAACACAAUACAGUGAAGGGCUCUGUGCUCUGUGUUGCCUUCUAAAGAAAAAUGAUGACAUUCUUGUCCCCUGGCAGUGAGCAUAAGUGAAUCUUUUAGAAUGUUUUCCUCUGUGGGGAACUGUCCUCCAAGCCCCUGAUGGUGCAUUAAUUAAGGACUCAGGCCACAUUCUGGUUAUAUUUCUGUUUUUAUGGAUUUGAUAUUUUUCAUUCAUCUUUCAACUAGACUUGACAUCUGUACUCAAAAUCUAAUUUUAAUUUUCUUAUUAUUGAUCUCGCAGAGUAAAUGUGUACAUGGAGCAUUAUAUAAUAACACCAUCAUAUUUGGGUUAAAUAGACAUACACCCAGGUAAAAUGGAUGCUUUUCCACUGCUCAGGAGUUUAUUGAACGUAUUUUGUUUGUUAAUAGACAUAUUACAUUGUAUUACAACACUGAGAGUCACAAUUCCUGAAUUUCUGUCAGUGGAAAGUCUAACUGAUGAUAAUAGGAAAACCUGGCAAUACACUUGUUUAAAGCAGUCAUUUUUCUGUAAUAGAACAAAAGCUUAAAUUAUAAUAAUGUCACAUGAUCCUGCUCAAAUUCAGUGAUUGCCCUUGAGUUCAGCUACAAGUGCAAUUACAUUGAAAUAAUUAUACAUUAAAAGCUACCAAAAGUAAAAAAUGAUUGACUGAUUACCUCAGGUUAAAGCCAUCUUGACAAGUUUUAAAACCUUGCUCUGUCAUGGUACUCAGAUGAUUGCUCUUUGGCGUAUCUAAGGGAAGUAGAGAAUUGAGUCUUUGCCUUUUAUUUGUUUCCAUGUUGCCCCAUCCUCUUUCACACUUGCUGAGCUGUCUGUUCUGCCCUCCUGUCUGUCUUGUUUCACAGGUAGGAACUCUGUGGCAGAAUACCUUGUCUAUGCAGGCCCCUCUCAAAAAUAUCCCGAAUUCCUUACUGACAUUUCUGGGUCAUGAUUAAAGAGUUUAAAAUUUAGGUAGUCUGACAGUGACACAGAGAGCGCUCCAGUGUGCAUGUCAAAAACUGAUGGGAAAUUAUGAUUAACAGACUGUUUGUCUGCCCAUGUCUCAAUUUUCAUGUCAGAUUUUUUUUUAAAGGACUUUGCUAAUAAUUGCUCUUCUUUGUAGACUGAUAGCUAGCCACUCUACCCACCUUAGUCUUGCUGUUACAGAAAAUACAUGUACACCCUCUAUCUGGAAGUAUUUCCUGGCUAUCUGAAAAAGAAUGAAAGCUGAGUGCAUCUAAACUCAACUUCAUACAAAGGUGUAGACCAAGAAAUCAGAAUGGGAAAAGAAAGUUUUGUCCUAUUUAUGUCGGUUGACUUCAAUGGCAGAAGAAAGAUUCACCUAGUAGAACUGUGAUUUUACCUUGGUGUACCUGUGUUACCAAUUUGCAUCAGGUGGAUGUCUGCAAAAUCAUAAGCAGUGAAAUAAUAAUUAUCAGUAGGGUAAGCAGGAUUCUCAUUGGGCUCUAGAUUGAAUGGCCUGUUGAGAUGAAUGGGAGAAACAGCUACCUGUUUUACAGAGUGUUUUAAUCUGAGCCAAAGUUUGCUUUUUGCCUUUUACAUAAGGUAACCAAAGCACGGGUUUUGUGAACAAGUCAGAUAAAUAUGUAUUCUAAUCUCAGCACAGACAUCAGCAAAGCAGAAACUGGAACCCAUUUUUUAAAGGAGCACUGUGGUUAAUUCUUGCAACUAGCAGUUGUGUUAUUAUAUUAAUAAAUAUUCUUAAGCACACACAGAAUGAAUGAAUUGCACUGUGUCCUGAUAGCAAUUUUAGAAUGUUAUGCUUUUCAUAGGGCACCACUGUAGUUCAGGCUGAAGCACUAACGCUUUGUGAUUUAAAUUCUAUUACACAGACUAACAGUGAUAAAACACUCAAGAAAGGAGUCAAUAAAGCUUCUACAGGAUGUUUCUUCUUGUUCAAAAGUAAUUAAUCACAUGAAUGGCCUAUAGGUAUUGAGUUUUUAGAUUUAUGUGUCCCUAAACUGAGAAUUCUACCUGUUCUUUCACAGUUUUUAAUUGCUUUAAAAAACAUCUGAGCUCCAGUGGUAAUGUUUUUCAAAAACACAUAAGGGAUUUCAGUGUAUAGGUCCAUACCCACAAAACAUUAGGCACAUAACUCUUAAGUUGAUCUUUUUUCCAAAAAGUGUCUGUGAUCCUUAGAACUUUAUUGCUUAGUGGAAACUGGCCUCCGCAGUCCCUUUUGAAAUAGAACCUUGAGUACAUUUGAAAACGUCACCUGAAUGUUCACAAGUGUUCAAUGGUAGCAAUGAAUUAAUCAGAGUGCAUCAGUCCUCCACAGAUUCAAGAAGACAGCUUGCACUUUUGAAGACCAGUGCACAGUUGCUGGGAAUCAGCUGCAGACUCUAGUUCAGGCUUUAGAUCUUAAAUAACAAUCUCACUCACAAGGAGAAAGUCAGUGGGUAUAGAAAACAGUCAGCCUGGUCCUGAAAGAUGGGGAGGUAUGUCUGGAGUGCAGAAGAAUUUUCUCUAAAACUGAAAAAUUGAGAAACUUUUAACCAAAAUGUCCACAGCUUUUUUUAACCUGUGUGGGAAGAUAGAUCCUUGACAUAGAAGUUAGAUUAUUCUUCAUUUCAAGUUUCCAAAUGAAAAAAGCCAGACUGCUAAGUUUCAGGAUUUGAAUCUAUGACUGACUAGUGUUAGAUGAAUAGAUCAUUGCAGCGCUGUGAUACAUAUUCCCAGUCCUUAUGCUUUAUAAACCUGCUUUACAAAUUGCUUGGCCCCAGGUCUCCAGAGGAUGCAACUUCAGAAGGCAGCUGAUGUAUUUCAAAUGCUAUGCCUUACAUAUUUAUCCACUUCAAGGAGAUGUAAGAUGGAGGACCCCGUUAGAAAUCAGGCAGUAUGUUUCCCAAUCCAUUCCCUAUACCACAUAGCAAGAGAAAUUUGUAUGCAAUUCUUAUUGGAGGAACUUCUCAGUAUUAAUUCCUGCAGCUUAACCUCACAUAAACUAACAGUGAACUGCAGGGAUGCAUCUCAUUAUGCCUUAAUUUCUUUUUUUUUCUCUUCAAGAAACUUCAGUGUAUCUAAUACUUGUGUGGGUGUUGUAAAGGUCAUGUUGCUCUACAAUAAAAGCCUCAGUAAAUAACUUUAUUUUUGAGUUUUAAGAGCACAGUAGUAAGAAAGUAAUAGGGAGAGAGAAUUAAUCCACACUGCUAUCCUGCCACAGAGCACCGGGGGAAGGUUAGGAACUGUUUGCCCACAUGGAUGUUUGACUGAAUAUUUUAAAUGGGUUUCCUUUAAUAACAUUACAAGUAGAAGCUGGAAUGCCUGUACUGCCAUUCCACCACUGGAGUACCAGCAGUGGUGAUUCAUGUUUUGCAUCUCUAAAAGAAUGAAUGACAUGGAAGAAGCUGUGAUGACAUUGCAAAUCGUAGAGCUAGUCCAAAAUGACAGACCUAAUCUCCAGCUCUUUCUGUUGGUAUGAUACGGAUAUUGUGCUCAGGCAAGCAGCACAUGAGGCUUACUGAGUGGGAGGAGAGAAACAGCAUAAGAUGUUCUUCAAAUAAGAGAAACCGCAGUGCCAGUAAUCAGGAGAAGGGCAAGCAAGACUGGUACAGGCUUCCUAGAAAGCACUGCAGGUGUGGUGAGAAAGGGAAGGCACUUUCUUCAUUUCUCUCUCAAUCAAAGGUUGAGAAGAAAAGUAGCUGGUGCAAAAACAUUACACAGAGGGCCUUGCAGACAAGGCCACUUUUGCUUUCCUCCUGCAAAGCCAGAGGAAAGAGAAAGGAGUUCCAGCUCUCUUGCCCACCCCUGGCCCCCAACUUACUUGCACAAAGAUUCCCUCAGCUAGAAGCUCUUUCCUAGCAAAGAACUUUUGAAAAAUAAGCCAUAAUUAUCUGCAGCUCUGCAGAUUUCACUGUGAGUCUGCCGUAAAAUACCAUGGGUGUGAAAUUACUGUGAUUUACUGAGUCUUGGACAGCAGGAGAAUACUGGCUUUGGGAGACUUUCUGUUGCUGCUGGAUUCUGGCUGUGUUUAUGGAUGACUGAGGUUGCUUGUUUUGCAGCAGUGGCAGAACAAUAUUCCUUGUCAGUGUUAAUGCAUAGUACUCUUAUAGAUGCCCAGUCUGUGCCAGAUGUUUUGGAUCUGGCCCACUACAUCAGUCUUUCCAAUUCAUUAUCUGCUCCUUUCAGACAAAAGAGAGGACCCAGCCUUAUGCUAUGGGGCAGCCCAGCCCUCACCCUUCCCUUUCUACCCUUUUCACGAAGAACCAGCAGCCUUUUUCUUUUUAUACAACUAAAAGCUCACCACAUGAACCAUGUUCAUGUUGUUCCAAACACAAGUAGAUAUGCAUUUGGUCUUGUGAUAGGGGUACUCAUGGGAUCAGGUGGUGAGAGCUGUUUGUUUGCUGUGGCUAGAUUUGUGCCAUGUACAUUGCAGCACAGUGUAUCAACAGCUGCAGUUUGGUGAUGUGACAGGUUCAUAUCAAGUGACUUAACAGGAAUGGACUUGUCAUCAGAACCCAGCAGAAAGCCUUCGUGGCACACAUCAAAAGGCUGGUACUGCUGCUACAGAAAUGUGUUUGAAUGAGCUUCCCCUGUAAUGUAGGAAACCUCAGAAGGGAGGAAUAACAUCAGGAUAUUUCCGUCCCUCCAUUCAUGCUUUAUCUGGUAGUCAACAUUAAGAUUUAUUGUUCCUGAAAGCAAAACUGGACCAGGGAAAAGGAGGCCAAUGGGUGCAAUAUAUACUGGAAGGACAAUGUUAGGGAAGUGGGACAGCAGUGGAUAAGCAUCUGGUACGAGUCUCUCAAAAGAGACUUUAUGUCCCUUGGAACGAUGUUAAAGAGAUCAGGAGCACAGGUGGUGUUCUCCUCUAUCCUCCCAGCUAGAGAAGGGGGUUCGAGAAAAAGGAGAUGAAUUGAACAGGUGAAUGCCUGGCUGUAUAGCUGGUGCCAUGCUCAAGGUCUUGGCUUCCCAUACCACUUGCUUUGUCCCUGUGUUCACGUGUUGACUGUCGCACUCUCAGCUCUCCUCCACCUCCUCUUCCAUUGCCCCUGCUCCUUCCUCUUCCCUGUCACUGUGCCUGAUGUUUAUUUGGGACAGCAGGGCUGGAAGAGGGAAAAAAGCACCAAAAAGUCUUUCUUCUUCCUGUAGGUAGUAAGCUUUAUCUUCUUCCUUUUGCAAGAGCUGUUCUGCACUAAUUUAUCAGGAGGCUACUGGAUUACUCUCCAUUCAGUCACCUUUUAUUGCUGUAUCAGAUACCUGCACCGAGGUAUCUGUUACAGCAGGUUUUCAGAACAGAUGGUCAUAAAAGAAAAUUGUGGAUGCAAAGAGUGAUUAGGAUACAUAUAAGGUUUAGGAAACCUAUUCUGGGUUCCUCUGUGAAGACCUGUUGUGUUAUUGUAAUUUGAAGUGCUGAGAAUUACUUUAAAAAUGUCUAGACUGGAACUCAAUUUUAAUAUACAACACUGUAGUUCUUCCAUUAAUUUUCAGCAGUAUGCAUUGCUAAUGACUGUUCACGGCAAUAACUCAUGGAAGAAAACAAGGUUUAGGGAAUAAAAUUAAGUAACUCAUUGAAGAUGUUCUGUUGGGAAACACUGUGUAAUAAAAUCGAUUGCAAAUGGAAACACAGUAUAAUCUAUAAAUGAUAAAUUU